AUGGCGCCACAGAAACGCAAGUCGUCGACGAGCGCAGGAGCUGAGGACGCCAGCAGCAAAACAAAAGACACCAAGCGGAUCAAAUCGGAGUCCUCCAGAUACCAUCCCCAUGCGCAACAGGUCGAAGAUUUCGGAAUCGUUCUUCGCGAGUUCUACCCCCCGGAAAUGAGCAAUGAGCGAUGCGCCGCCUAUGUCAAUGGCACCCUCGAGCGGCCGAUCGAAACGCUGCAAAAGGCAUACAUGGUGGACAGCACAGUCGAGCAGCGAAACGCCAUCAGGGCCAAUCUUGCUGUCGUGCACUGGUUCAAAACGGAUCUGCGACUGCACGACAACAGGGGCCUGCAAAUGGCGUAUCAGAUUGCGCGCGAGCAUCAGGUCCCCCUGAUCGGUCUCUAUAUCCUCUCUCCCGAGGAUCUGACGGCUCAUCUUUGCAGUCCUGCGCGGGUAGAUAUGACCCUGCGGACGCUGGAGCAGCUGAAACGCGAUCUCAGCGAGCUCGAUAUUCCACUCUACAUCGAAACGCAAGAACAGCGCCAGGACAUCCCCCAGAGGAUUGUGGCCCUGUGCCAGCAAUGGGGCGCAAAUCAUGUGUACACCAACCUCGAGUACGAGGUAGACGAGUUGCGUCGCGAGGCCCAAUUGAUUCGACUCUGCGCGGAAAACGGCAUUAGAUUCGAAGCCGCCCAUGAUACCUGCGUGGUCACUCCGGGAGCCCUCUCCAGCCAGCAAGGCAAGCAGUACGCAGUCUAUACCCCGUGGUAUCGUGCCUGGCUCGCCUUUCUCCACGAGAACCCGGAGUCCCUCGAGAUUGCGGACGAUCCUGGGUCGAACCCGGGCGAUGCGCGAAAGCACUUUGCCGAGCUUUUCGAGAGCAAGGUGCCGGCUGCCCCGGCGAACAAAACGCUCUCCGAUGAAGAGGCCACGCAUCUGCGUCGGCUGUACCCCGCCGGCGAACACGAAGCAAGGCGACGGCUGGACGCAUUCCUGGAGACAAAAGCCACGGCGUAUGACGAGGACCGGAACUUCAUGGCGGGGGAUCAUACAUCUGUUCUCAGUCCGUAUUUUGCAUGCGGAUCCCUAAGUGCGCGGACGGCAGUUGUCCAGGCACGCAAGGCCAAUAAGAACCAGCUCGCCCGCAAUGACCCGGGAUUCAUAUCGUGGAUCAGUGAAGUGGCCUGGCGAGAUUUCUACAAACAUGUUUUGGUCCAUUGGCCUUUUAUUUGUAUGAACAAAUGUUUCAAACCCGAAUUCACCAAUCUCCAGUGGGAAUACGACGAGGACCAGUUCCAAGCAUGGUGCAAAGGGCGAACAGGGUUCCCCAUCGUUGACGCUGCCAUGCGACAGCUCAGCCACGACGCCUGGAUGCAUAAUCGAGCGCGCAUGGUCGUGUCCUCGUUCCUCUCCAAGGAUCUCCUCAUCGACUGGCGCCGGGGCGAGCGGUACUUUAUGGAAACGCUCGUCGACGGCGAUUUCGCGUCCAACCACGGUGGAUGGGGGUUCGGAUCGAGUACGGGCGUUGAUCCGCAGCCUUACUUUCGAAUUUUCAACCCGCUGCGGCAGAGUGAACGCUUUGAUCCUGAUGGCGACUACAUCCGACGCUGGGUGCCUGAACUCCGCGAGAUCGAGGGUCCAGCGAUCCAUGCUCCCUACGAGCGCGGGGCGGGCGAUCUAGCGAGACAACAUGGAUAUCCGGAACCGAUGGUCAAUCACUCGGAGCGUCGACAGCGAGCGCUGGAGCGUUAUAAACGAGCGAGUCAGGGACAAUAG